AUGCGAACAACAGCCAUAUGCCUCUUCCGGCACACCCUGAGACGUAGCCGUCUCAACCUCAUUCAGAUCCACAAUGGCACAUUCUACAAAGAGCACCCAUCGGCGGGAGGUGACGACGCAGCUACCAAUCCCCCUCUAUACCCCAACCUGAGAUUCGAGCUUCCUGCCACGAGUCGACGCGGUGGCUCCGGCCAGCACACUGAGAGAACAAGCCCUCACUGGGCCGUCAUCAGCGGGUCUGGAGACGGCACGACGUUCCUCGAAAUCCUUAGAGGAUCGCACCUCUGUUUCCCGCCCAAUGCAAGAUCCUACCCGUACCUAGCCACCGGGGACAUCGACGACCAGACGGACCACCGGUUACGAAUCCCCUCGCGCGCCAUCCAGUAUGUCGGGUUCAACACCAAGCAGGGCGGGAUCGCUGGCGCGGGAGGUGUCACGGGCGCAUACCUCAGCGCAAGAUAUGAAAGUCGCAGGGAAGAGACGGACUGGACCGUCCUGCAAUACCUGACGGGCGACACGGAACUCAACCCGGGCGAGAAACAACAGCACGUCGACCAGACGCUGUUGGACAAGGUCAUCGCAGACCUGCGCCUGCAGAAACUGACAACCAUGCCCGUCAGCAACCUGUCCAACGGACAGACCCGGCGGGCGAGGAUUGCAAAAGCGCUCCUUGGGCGGCCCUUGCUCUUGCUUCUGGACGAACCCUUUAUGGGCCUCGACCCGCCUACGCUGGUCACUCUCUCGCCCAUGCUGAAGAAAUUGGCCUAUCAAUCGAGCCCGCUUCUCAUGCUCGGUCUGCGGCCUCAGGAUCCUAUCCCGGAGUGGAUCACGCAUUUGGUCGUGCUUGGGCACAACCACACCGUGGCGUUGAUGGGUCAGAAGGAUAGAGUCCUCCUCAGUGUGCGGAAAUGGGCAGACGUGGUGUCCGACCCGCAUGUGCGGACUCAAGACCAGAGUGCCGUCGAGGGGGUUGUGAAGCGAUAUGGGCCCCCGCCCGCUGGCCUCACUGGAGAUGUGCUAAGCGAGACUGGCAUCUCAAUCGCAUCUUCAGGGAUACCAGCCGAGGAAUCUCCUGCAGAGGGCGUCGGCUCUGCCGCAGGAUCAGACCAGCCGUUCACAUCGCCCCUGGACGACAUUCUCGGACAGCUCGUUACAUCCCGCCCGAGCGCGAGUGAUGUACAGGGGUCGACAACAUCUGUGCUUACCACCUCAUCCUCAGCACAGCAACACACGCGCUCCCCAAGGGACACCACCACCGCUGUCAACACCUCAACAGGGGCCCCUCUCAUCGAACUCUCGUCCGUGAUCGUGAAAUACGGGUCCAAAAUCGUGCUCGGCAACCCGUCAGGCCUCUCCCUCACGCUGAGCAAAGGCACGCGCCUCGCCCUCUUAGGCCCCAACGGCAGCGGCAAAACCACGCUCCUCUCGCUCCUCACGUCGGACCACCCGCAGUCGUACUCCCUCCCGAUCCGCUUCUUUGGACGUACCCGUCUCCCGGACCCGACGAACAACAUCCCCGGCCUCAGCCUGUGGGAAAUCCAAAGCCGCAUAGGGCACUCCAGCCCGGAGAUCCACGCCUUCUUCCCCAAGCACCUCUCCAUCCGACGAGCGCUAGAGUCCGCCUGGGCCGAGACAUACGCGGGACGGCCGAACCUGACGCCCGCCCGCGCCGCGCUCGUCGACGAGGUCCUAGGAUGGUGGGAAUCGGAGUUACGACCAGACUCUAGCAGCAAUGACGUUGAUGGUGGUGGCCAUGGCUGGGCGACGUCCAAGGCCCACCCGUUCGGCACGCUGCCCUUCGCCACGCAACGCCUCCUCCUCUUUCUGAGGGCGCUCAUCAAACAGCCCGACAUCAUAAUCCUGGACGAGGCCUUCUCUGGACUUUCGGCACGCACGCGCGACAAGGCCAUGGCGUGGCUGGAAUUCGGGGCUUCGGGCGGCGGCGGCGGCGGCGGAGAGACGCAGACGCGACUCAGUGGUAACACCGGCGCCCCUGAUGAUGUGGCUGCCACCGAUCCCGGUCUGUCGACGCCGACGACCUUCCUCGGCCUCACCGACCAACAGGCCCUCGUCGUGGUGAGCCACGUCAAGGAAGAGAUCCCCGACUGUGUGGACGAGUGGCUCCGCUUGCCGGGCGAGGAGGAAAUCGUAGAGACCGGACGGGGCGUCGAGGGCGGCAAGACGCCGCGGAGGGCGUGGGUCAAGAGUCAGGAGGGGUGGAUGAAGGUGUGGGGUAUAUGA